CCGUGUAUUGCCCAAAUUCCGCUCAUCAUUAUGACAAAUGUGCAUACUAAUAAUGCUGGAACUGCCGAUGUAAUUGCAACCCCACCACCAGGGCAAAAAAGAAAGGGAAGGGGGAAGACAACGGGACUUUCAAUCCAAAAGAAACUCAAGGAAAGUGUCAAUGGAAAGUUGAAGGUAAUUAUCCCACCAGAUCGAAUGGUAGCAGUAGGUCCUGGAGCUAAAGAUUUUGUUACUGAGCUCUCAGUGACAGUUCUCCAUAAUGCUAGGCAUGAUGUCAAGAAUUGGAAGGGAGUUUCUGAUCUAGCAAAAGAUAGGAUUGUUGCUCAUAUGCUGGAUACCUUCCAGCUUCCGGACAUACAACAUAAUCGGGAUACUAUCCUUCAAACAGCUAAAAAUUUAUAUCGAUAUCGCCGUAGUAGGCUACAUGAUCAUUUCAAGAAAUUUGCUACAAAAGAGGUAAGGUUGCAAAACAUGCCAUCACAGGUUAGUGAAGCUGAAUGGAAAUUCUUGGUGGAAUAUUUCAACUCUGACGAUUUUAAGAAAAUGAGUGAAAGAAAUAAAAGUAAUAAGGCAAAACAAGAGGUGAAUCAUAUUUGCGGCAGAAAAUCCUUCCAAGCAGUAUCAUUUGAAGCGAGGGACACAAACACCGGAAAAGAGCCAAACUCUCAAAAAUUUUGGGAAAUGACUCACGUGAACUCAAACGGGCAUUGGGUUAAUGAUGCUUCUGCUGAAGUGAAUGAUAAGGUGAAAGAAGUUGUUGCUGAAAAAAUUCAAGAAAUUGAAGAGGGCACCGAUGUGGACCUUAUUGCUAAUGCUGCAUUUAUGCAAAUUAUGAGAGAAAAAGAAGGGUAUGUUCGUGGUCAAGGAUCGGGAGUUAAGCCAGCGAGUAGGAGAUCCAGAGAUGAAAUUCAAGAACAACUAGAAGCACAACAAAAGGAGAUAGAAGAAGAACGGCGUAAACGAGAGAGUUUAGAAAGCAAGCUAAUGGAAGUAAAAAAUCAGCUUGAGGAGGAGCGGAGAAGUCGAGAAGUCAUGGAAACUCGUUUAGUGCAUGAGCAAAAAUUGUUAAAAGAGGGCGUAAUGGCAUUAGUAUCCCAUAUGCAAAGUUCCAUGAAUGGACUUCCUGCUGCAAUUUUCAACAUCAUUAAUAAUUCAACUGGUUCAGACGAGGCAAGUCCUACAAGUCUUAUGGAUAAAAACUAGGAUGAACAUUCAUAAAUCAACAUUGCUGACAAUAUGGUUCAUGUAAUGCACAAGCUAUUGCAAGAAGAUUCUUUUAGACUACUCUUGUAAUUAGAAUGCAAUGCCUUGCUUAUAUCUUUUGUUCUUUAUGUAAGUAAAAAGUAUAUAUUUAGGAGUAUUUAGUUUUUGGAAGUAACUAAAUUUCUGGUGCAUGCAUCAGUUUUAUGGAUUGCAUCUUUGCAAAUAUAUAUUCUUUU